ACCCUUCCCCUUUUUAUUUUUUUUAUUAAUAAAGAAAAACACAAAUCAAUUACCCAUAUCUUCUCUAAAACAAAAUAAACAGACAUGUUUCCUUUACAAUCCAACUGCACUCAAAUCAAACAAAGCUAGGGUUUUGCCUUUCUGCUCCAAUUGAUGAUUAUCGCCUCUACUGCGUCUUCCUUCUUCUUUUUCACUGUAUGUCCUACAUUUUGACCUCUAUUCUCUUUGCAAUUUGUGCUUUCCAAAAUUUCAAAGGCCAAGCCCCGACAAAUCGACAAGCUCUUAACUGUUAAAUAGGUUCUUUGAUGUCGGACCCUGAGGCUUCAGCAGAUGAACACUAUGUUUCCAUUCCUCGUGGUGGUCCUAUUUACAUUUCCGACAUGGUUGGUCCACUCACUAAGGUUGCUGACUUUGAGGUCAGCAUCUUCCGUGAACUUGAGCGGCUCAAGGCAGAGUUGUCCGUUGAUUCACUUGAAAUGUUUGAUAAUGAGAUAUCGAUUGAAGAUCUUAAAACUUUCAGUGAAGAGGAAUUGGUGGCUCAGGCCUUUGAAGAAGCGUUUAAGGAUGAUGAGCUGAUCAAAGAAUCUUCACAAACUUUGACAGAGCACCUUGGUACAAGAAGAACAGAUAACAGGAUUUCAGUUACUGAACUUGCUUCAUUUGAAAGGUCAGAAAGAGAAGUGGACUCUUCUACUAUCCAUGAUCCCUCAGACUAUGUCGCCCGCGACAACAAAGGUUCAGAUAAAAGCAAGUCCAACAAGAGGAAGCGGGGGAAGAAUGUUCAUCAGAAGAAUGCUGUUGAUGAAGACUAUGUUCUGAAGGUGGAACAACUUGCAAAAAUUAAAGAAAAACAAGAGGAAGAGAAAGCAGCAGCAAGAUUGCAUUCUUUCAAUGGUAGUUGCAGCAGCAGCCACUCUGCUUCAACAUCUUCCAGUAAGAUUGGCAGGAUGACGUCACUCAAGUCAAUAAGUUCGGGAACAAAGGUGAGGGCAGCAAAUGCUCGUGGACAUAUUGCAGUACACUUUCCAGAAGUUGUCCUCUGUAUUGAGGUUUAUCAUUACAAAAAGACAUGGGUAAAAACUCAAGAAUUUCUGGUCCUUGGGCGGCAAUUUUUGACAGAAAUGAGAGACAGGAUAUAUUGCAUUACUGAUGAGAUAAUGAAGAAGACAGGCCAGGAUGAUCCGUCGGGCUAUUUCCUUGUGGAGGAUGUCUUUUGCAAUGAUUUUAGGCAUCCUGCUGCUGUAGAUUAUAGUAAGCCAAUACUUAAUUGGCUUCAAGAUUCUAAGAGUGAGGCGCUGGAAAAAUGGGAAUCUAUCGCCUCUGGUGAACUGCCACAGAAACAAAAGGCCCUUCUAGGCAGUAAAAUUGGACCACAAUUGCCUCAUUUCAAGACCGCUAAAAUGCAAGUUACUCGUUUCUGUGACUUAAGAUUUCGACUUGGUGCUGGAUAUCUUUAUUGUCACCAGGGGGAUUGCAAGCAUCAAGUUAUAAUAAGAGACAUGAGGUUGAUACAUCCAGAGGACGUACAGAACCGAGCUGCAUAUCCGCUGAUCACCUUUCAGCCUAAGUUGCGGUUCCAGAAAUGCUCUGUUUGCAAGAUUUUUAAAGCAGUUAAGGUGACAGUUGAUGAUAAAUGGGCUGCUGAAAAUCCUUGCUACUUCUGUGACCUUUGCUAUUACAUGCUCCACUAUGUAAACGGGUCGCUGCUUUACGAUGAUUUCUCUGUGUACGAAUAUCUCCAUGAGUAACUUUAAAUUAGAAGAGCUGACAUGUGGGUUAGGUGCAUGUCACGGAUUCCAACCCUUCCGCGAACAACAUUGGUAUUUAAGUGGAGAAGAAUAGAGGGUCAAAUCCCGACACUACUCGUGACUUUGCAAGCAGGUUUCAGUUUCGCACAGAUAUGCAAGUUCAAACCAAAGAAUGAAUAUAUGCAAGUUCGAAGUUUCACACAGAUAAUAAAUACUAUUAUCAUCCAAUUUAUUACUACUAUUGUCACCAUCUAUGGCAAAUAGGUUUCAGUUUCUUUGUUUAUUA